CAACCACCUGCCGGAUCUUGCGAUGUCGAUUGUAACAUCUUCCGUCGCGUUUACCUAAGAUAUUCUCCGCCGGAUGAAAAUCAAACACUCGAGGCAAAGGAAGACAGAAUAAGGGCUAGGCAUCUGUUGAAUGCAAAAAGAUGCCGCCUGCUGCAAAUAAGCCUGUGAAGCUGGCGUGCCUGGCUUGCCGUGCCGCUAAGAUCCGCUGUGAUGGGAAGAUGCCUUGUGCCAGUUGCUCUAUGCACCAAGAAGAAUGCAAAUAUCAAGCAAGUCGACGAGGUGGUGCCCGACGAGGUCCUGUAGCCGCCGCAGAGUUGGCUAAGAAAAGAGCUCGUCGGAUGGCCGAAAAGGCUUCGGGCAAUAUCCAGAAUCCGGACGCUGAUGUGCGUCAUCGAAGCCACAAUCAUCAUAUCCGCACCAGUGAGCCUGCUAUUUUACCGCCUUCUUUACUUUCUCUAACACAAUCGAUCCCACGGCCAUUUAAUACGUCCCUGGGAAAUUGCAGCACAGAUCUUUCUUCCCCCUUGGGUGGAAUUGGAGAGGAGGAGGAUGUGUUGAGCACAUUGGAGGAUCCCAAGUGGAGUAUCAGAGCCUAUGGAUGUGAUCAAGAUCUUAUCAACGCAUACUACAUAUUCAUUCACCCUUACCUUCCAUUCCUCCCCCCUCCAGCGACAGCUCAGUAUGAGGAUAAGUGCGUCGCUGUUGAUAUGCGUUCUUUUCUCGCAGAUCCUUCAAUGAUGCCCUACUGGCCGACCUCCCCAGUGAGUCUUGCUCUCGCAGGAAUACUAGCUCUACUGCCGCCGCCUGGAGAGUCGCAUCCGCUACAGCACGAAUCAACCGUAGUUCGACGCUCUUACGCCGAUCUAUUUGCACGGUCAGCGUUGGAGUCUCUGGAAAAUUCACUUGAAUCGUCCCCCCAGGCAGAUCUGGCCAAGGGCCUACGAAGCACCUUGCAUCCUGCCGUUCCUAAAAAGCUAGAACCUGUCCUUGCACUGGGCCUUCUUAGCUUGUUUGAAUGCUGCCAACAUGGGAACGUCUCAAAAAUGCGAAUCCGGGCAAAUCAGGCCCUUACAACAGCAAUGGAUCUAUCAUUACAUGAGGAAAACUCCCAAACUGGGUGUUUGGAUGCGCAACGCCGAUGCUGGUGGUCGACGAUGUUUCUCGUUUAUCAGUCAUCUAUAAUGAAUUCCUCGCCCCCUAUCAUUACCAUCAAUGACCCUCGAAUCACAACAAUAUUUCCGGAAUUUCGGGGAUGUCGUGAGCCGUGGCCCCUUUUGGUACAUGCUCAAGAAGCCCUUCUGCGCAGCUGUGAGAUUGGACGCCAACUCAUCAAAGAAGGACCCGGUUCAAAUCUACUGCAUUCAAUUAAGGAUAAUGUGGAGAGUCUCGACUGUUUCAUCCUCGAGCUCGCGGCCGAAAUAGACCGAUUUCGCUGCGUUACCAAUUAUCAAGGCGCCGAAGCGGAUGCCUCACGCAACCUUUGGUCUAUAUCCAAUGCCCUUGUACACACAGCCAGGCUCACUCUCCAUAGAGUUCGUGCCUUUACAGAUCGCCCCGUUCUUAUUCCCGAUUGCUGUGACUACCUUGCGAUCGGCUCCAAGCAGUCUUCCGAAGGUGCACAUGAUUUUUAUCUCUCCUCUGGACGCAUCGCCGAAAUCAACGCUGUGUUCCCCUUCACGGAGCAAGAGUCAGUUAAGAUAUGCUUCCAUUCCUGUCUUGUUGUUUCGCGAGUAUUUCGUCGCCUUCCAUCCCCAAACCCAAUGUAUUCCGACACCACAGAAACCGAGGACACUGUUCCUUGGGCGUCAAGACGAUCUUUAGCAUCCCCGCGCUCUAUACCUUACAUGGCCUGCUGUGAGCUACAGAGCUUCUGCAUUAUGGCGAUGAUUCUGUGGAAAGUGCGAACUGCGAUGUGCUCGGGAAACCUCGCCAGCUACCUAUACCUCCUAGAUCGACCAAGUUGUUCGACUCAGUGGCAAGACGCGGAGCGGCUGGUUGAGGAGCUGCAAAAUGGGAUGGAGGCUCUGGCGCGAUCUAUUCAAGCGGAUACAGUAUUUGAGGGGCUGGCCAGAAUGGCUAAAGAGGUAGAAAGGACGUAUAAAAAUACUUUAGUGGAUUGAACAGUGUCUACAUGUACAUGGGAAAGUUGAUUUUCUCGACUUCUAACCCAUUUUUCUUGUAGAUAAAUCAUCAUUUGCUCCACAUCUAGA